AUGUGCAAAACGAUCAACAAAAAGUACAAUCUACACAAAUGUGUCCGAAUUAUUUGGCAACGGAACCUCAAUUGUUUGCCUCCAAAGCGAAAAUUUACUGAAACUUCUAUGAAUAACUACGUGUGCUGUUCAAGAAACUCAAGUGCGGUUCAAAGUACUGACACAUCAGGAAAUCAAGAGAAAGCAACAGCCUCAAACAAAGAGGAUUUGGCUCUUGCUGAACAAGAAGCUUCUCCAUCGAAUGACAGCCCACGAAUGAUGACUAGAUAUAGGAAGCGACUAUCGGAUACCGCCACUCUAGCUAUUGAUAUCAAACAUAACCGUCGAAGCAUGUCUAGCAACAGCCAACCUGAAGCCGUCUCCCGACAGCAGUUAGUUACCUCGCUCGGAACUCCGGAUUUUUUCACGAAUGAAACUACACUUCUUUUUCUGAAUGCUCCAGAACAUAAUGCGUCCGUUUAUGAUUGGGUAGAAGAAAACAAAGAAUUCAUCGAGGAGAGAGCCAAGAAACUCAAAGAAUCUGGACUCUAUCCACUGAUGAACAAGGAGAGCUCAUUAUAG